AUGCUGCGGGGGCCUCGGGCCCUGGCUCCGGCAGCCGGGCCACCCCCAAAGGGGCUGCCCGCGAUGAGCCCCACGGAGCUGUGGCCGCCGGGCCUCAGCAGCCCCCAGCUCUGCCCGGCCACCACCACCUACUACACCCAGCUGUAUCCACAGACUGUGCCUCCCGCUGCGGCGCCCGGCACCUGCCUCGACGCCACCCCCCACGGACCGGAGGGUCAAGCUGUGCGAUGCGUGCCGGCUGGCCGGCUGCCGGCCAAAAGGAAGCUGGACCUGGAGGGGAUCGGGAGGCCCACGGUCCCUGAAUUCCGGACUCCCAAGGGGAAGUGCAUUAGAGUGGAUGGCCUCCCCAGCCCCAAAACCCCCAAGUCCCCCGGGGAGAAGACUCGCUAUGACACAUCGCUGGGGCUGCUCACCAAGAAAUUCAUUUACCUCCUGAGUGAGUCUGAGGAUGGGGUUCUGGACCUGAACUGGGCUGCUGAGGUGCUGGACGUGCAGAAGCGGCGCAUCUACGACAUCACCAACGUGCUGGAGGGCAUCCAGCUCAUCCGCAAGAAGGCCAAGAACAACAUCCAGUGGGUAGGCCGGGGGCUGUUUGAAGACCCCACGCGGCCUGGGAAGCAGCAGCAGCUGGGGCAGGAGCUGAAGGAGCUGACGAGCAUGGAGCAGACCCUGGACCAGCUCAUCCACAGCUGCUCUCUGAACUUCAAGCACCUGACGGAGGACAAGGCCAACAAGAGAUAUCCUCCUUGGUUGGGAAGAAGGGAUCUGGGGGCAGGGGGCCUGUGGCAUGCUCGUGACCACCCAGAGCUGAUGCAGAACCUCUCAGAGGGGCUGAUCCACCCCAGGGGUCUGGCGUUAUCACCGAAGAAAGACUUCCUUGUCGCUUCUCUUGACUCCCCUGCCCCUACGCUGGCCUACGUGACGUACCAGGACAUCCGUGCUGUGGGCAACUUUAAGGAGCAGACGGUGAUUGCGGUCAAGGCCCCUCCGCAGACGAGACUGGAGGUGCCUGACAGGAGCGAGGAGAACCUGCAGAUAUAUCUGAAGAGCACACAGGGGCCCAUCGAGGUCUACCUGUGCCCGGAAGAGGUGCAGGAGCCCCACAGUCCUGCCCAGGAGCCCCUCCCCUCCACUUCCGUCCUCAGCCCCGGCCCUGACUCCACCCAGCCCAGCAGCAGCAGCGACCCUGGGGUCACGGAACCCACGGCAUCCUCCGAGCCAGCACUGACGUCCCCGCAGGUCCUGCCGCCGCCGCCGCCGCCCCCCCUGCCGCCCCUUGUCCCCCUGGAGGCCACGGAGAACAUGCUGGAGCUGCCGCACCCGCUGCUGCAGCAGACAGAGGACCAGUUCCUGUCCCCGACACUGCCCUGCAGCUCCCCUCUGAUCAGCUUCUCCCCACCCUUAGACCAGGAUGACUACCUGUGGGGCCUGGAUGGCGGGGAGGGCAUCAGCGACCUCUUUGACACCUACGACCUCGGGGACCUGCUGAUUAGCUGA